AAACAGUCGUCGAAGCGCAAACUGGCCACCACCAAGCGUCGCGACAGCGACAUCUACUUCGUGAAGCUACCACCUGCCCCGUACACGUACAUCGAGGGCCUCGGCUACGUGUCCCGCGGGCCGAGCUUCACCUCGGGCUCCCUCGCCUUCCACCGGCCCCACUUUGUCCGGCCGCCCGUCGACUUUGUCAGCAACGGCAAACCCAUCGGCGUUUACCGGUGGACCGCCCCCGACAGCCCCGUCGUCAAACUCGACCGCGGGCCCUACCUCUUCAACGGCAAGCCACGGGGCGACGUCUUCGACGGCAACAACCGACCCAACGACCUCCUCAAGUAG